CGGCAUGGUUCGCGCCAUGCCACGACCGCUACCUUCACGGUGGCUACGACCCGGAGCCUCACUCACUACUGUGAGUCAUAGAGCUCGAGCUCUCUCAUUACAGACUGACCACCAGGGUUCAAGUGGGCUUCCCAAGCCACGACUCGACUACCGGGGCCUCACCGAAAAUGUCGAAUUCAAGUCUCAUAAUGCGUUCAAUCGCAAAGCACAGCUGCCCGUCGGCGCACUGCGGAACGUUGCACGCCUUUACGAAGAGCAGACGAAGCUCUCGCAGAGCAUCAAUGCGAAGCGACAUUCGCGGUCUACCAUCGGCGACCGCAUACGAGCGAGCGCAUCCCAGCCCGAGCUCAAACAAUCCCUGCUAGAAGAGGCGAAGAACUUGAAGACAGAGCUUGCAGACCUGGAGAGCACGCUCGAGGACGUGCAAAGUCGGCUGUUGUCUCUUGCGUUGGCCAUUCCGAACGACACACAUCCGGACGUCCCCAUCGGGCCAGAGUCUGAGGCAAAGGUCCUCUCCCAGCAUGGACCCCGCUUAGACCACGUCUCGAUUGGCCGUGCUCUGAACCUUUUGGACCUUGAAGCAGGAGCUACCGUGACCGGGAGUUCGUGGUAUUAUCUGCUGAAUGAAGGCGCCCUCCUCGAGCUCGCGCUCGUGAACUACGCCUCAGCUGGCGAUCAGGCAUGGCUUCAACCGGUGACUACGCCCGACGUGGUUCGCUCCGAUAUUGCCACCCGUUGCGGUUUCCAGCCUCGCGACCACGACGCGGACCCUCCAAUCUCCCAGAUCUGCUCUGCUGGACAAACAAGACCACACCCAGAACUCGUACUUGCAGGUCUCUUCGCGAACAAGAUUCUACCGUCGACCAACCUGCCGCUAAAGGUGGUCGGCCUUGGACAUGCGUUCCGGGCGGAAGCCGGUGCUAGAGGAGCGGACACGAGGGGCCUGUACAGGGUCCAUCAGUUCACAAAACUUGAAUUAUUCGUGGUGUGUAACCAGGAGUCCAGCGAGGAGACGAUGGAGCAGAUGAGACGUCUGCAAGUAGAAAUCUGCGAGGGUUUGGGCCUUUCAUUCCGAGUGCUCGACAUGCCUACAGAAGAGCUGGGUGCAAGCGCGUACCGCAAGUAUGAUAUGGAAGCGUGGAUGCCCGGUCGCGGCAGCUGGGGAGAGAUCUCAUCCAUGUCGAACUGCACCGACUAUCAAGCCCGCCGUCUGCACAUCCGAUAUCGCCCACCUUCACCUCCCCCUUCCGCUGCAUCGUCUGAGGACGCAGCAGGACAUCCAUCACCCACCAAUGUGUUCGCGCAUACGCUCAAUGGCACGGCGGCUGCCGUCCCACGACUGAUUGUCGCUUUACUGGAAAACGGUGCUCGGUUCGACGAGAAGGGCAAUGUGAUUGGUCUUGACCUCCCGGUCGCUUUGCGACCAUUCUGGGUGGGCAAGGAUGAUGGGACCGUGAUCCGAUGGGUAUGAAGGACACUUCCUGGUAGGCUAACGUACUGAAGUAUAAUGCUAACAUUUUCCAUCGUGCCGUUCGUUGUGCGAUGUUCACCGCGCGAAUGCGACUCAUCUCCGAAUACUAUUUACUACUCACCGUAGGCGCUUCGAAGGGCUACCGACAGGUUCAGUAAUGUCGACUUUGUGGCCAGCCAGACCCGGAGAGGUUACCGGACGCUACAUCGGAGACUUCCUGGUCUAUCGCGCACACAAAGUCCAGGCCAGCUUGAGGCCCAUGCGCGCGCGAGCCUACGGGUUAACACAAGACGACCUCGAAUGGUCUGUCUUCACACAUGACCACAUGUCGACAGAAAUCUUAGGCUCAGAGACGGUCUUGACCAAGGUGAGAUCCUGGCUAGAAGGGCAAAUGGUAUAUCCAAUGACUGCUCGACGUCAUCAUCCUCAGUCUCGUCUGCAUUCUCCGCCACUCUGUGGGUCUGGUCUGGCG